AUGGCGUCCGUUGUUUACCGAUUCGCAGCUGAAUCCAAGAACCAAGCGCUGAAGAUUCCCGGGAACUCGUUUGUGACCAUCUUCAACAUCAAGAAAGCCAUCGUCAAAGCGAGGAGACUGGAUGUUGGCCGCCGAGCGGAUUUCGAUCUCGUCGUCAAGAACGUUGAGACUGAAGAAACGUACAAUGACGAGACAGUGAUGAUAGAACGUCCAGUCCGCCUCAUCGUGCAUAGGGUCCCUGCUCCCUUCAAACGAGGUCUUUUGGACCGUUUCGAUCGAAAUGAGGUGCGAAGGGACGCCCGCCCCUGCCCCUGGUUGGAUUCCGUUCCAGCUGAGUUCUACAAUUUCCAGUGCAGAGACAUAGAAGAAUUUAUUCCCACGAACUCGUCCUGCCCCAAGCAGCCGGUUAUGACAACGGAAAGCGAAGAAAGAAAAGCCCUGUUAGCUGUGAUCCCUUCCGCUGCUAUCCCCCUCACAACCGUUGCCACCACCAGGCCCAACGGCAACCAAACAACAUCAUUCCGUUAUGACCACAGCAACAAGAAACCAAAUGCAGACCCAGAACUACGGGAAAAGAAGCCAGCGAAACGCGUUAUUGGCGUGCCACAAACAUUCCGCGGCCUUGGCGACCAAGGGAGCAUCCGAGCAAACAAAGCAGGCUUCGAGGAGCUCAAGAAGCGCACAACGGAUAGCUUUGCCACUGCUUUGCGAGUGACGGGCACAGAGAUACCGGAAUAUCUCAAGUGCGGCAUCUGCUUUGGGCUCGUGGAGAGGGCAGUCAAUCUCUACUGGGAUCCCAAAGGCCGGACGGCUUGUGAAAGUUGCAUCUGUGGCGCGCUUUCCCGAAGCCUCAACUGCCCUCUCACUGGUGUCGAAGGCAUUGGCCCUGACGAGCUCUUUCUCAACCACCCCAUCCAGCGAGCUGUUGCAGCGUUUGUGAGUGGGGUGGAAGCGAAGAUGGCACUUAUCCAAGCGAGCCACGAUGUCGACGAUGGCGCAGUCGAGCCCACCAGCGAGAUCAAAUCCGACAAUCCACACGGAACCGAAAAGGAAACCAAGGCAAAGAAGAAAAGACACGAGGACGACGAGUUUGGGGGGGAUGUCUUCGCGGUCGUCAGCGAAAUAAACGACAAGAGCAAGGCAGAGCAGGGACGCCACGAGGGUAAGUUAAGGCAGCCAAGACAGAAUGUCCAGAGCAUGCGCGGGAACAACACACCACGAAGAGAACAAGGCGAGAAGCACGGAAACAAAACACCACGCAGAGGGCAAGGCGAGAGGCUGGUGCGAACGUGGCAAGGGCGGCCUUUCAACCGCAAGCGAAUGAGCGAAGAAAAUAACACAAUGUUUCAUGCUGACGAUGUGGUUAGAAAGCGGCCUCGCUACUCCCCCAAGGUUCCAUUUCCUUUCACCCCUCACCAAUGA